GUACUGCAACAACAUCCAUCACAACAUCCAUCUCUCUCCUCCUCUCUCUCUCCCUCUCUCGGUCCCUCCCCCUUCUCCUUUUUGCUGUUACCGGACAGACCGGAGCAGCAUCCCCGCGUUAUUGUAGCCAGGCUUCCUUCUGCUGUUCCCGCUGCACCUGCGUGAGCCGCUCGCCCCUUCAGUGAAGCGAACCCACAGCGCGAUCACAGCAGCGGUGCGUGGAGCCCGGAGAGGAGGAGACGCGAGUGACCGUGGCCGGGAUGAAGCAGGAGCGCACGGACCGUUUCCUCCGGUAAAAGAGCGGAGCAGGAGCCUGGACAUCACCGGCGGGAAGCGGAGGCGGAGGAGGGGGGGAAUUCGGGGAUACAGCCAUGGCGACGGGAGGAGGAGGCGGAGGUGGAGGAGUGAGGCGCAGGAGGAGGAAAGCGGGGCUCCCGGGGUUCUGCUGGAAGACCUGCUACUUCCCGCUUUUGUUCUGGGUCGUUUCCGCGUGCGGGGAGGAGAAGACGUUCAUCGUGGAGACGUGGCUGAAGAACUACGGCUACCUGCUGCCUCACGACGUUCGGACAUCAGACCUGCGGCAGGAGAAGGCCAUGCAGUCUGCCGUGGCCGCCAUGCAGCGCUUCUACGGCAUCCCUGUGACGGGAGUGUUGGAUGAGACGACUAUCGAGUGGAUGAGGAGACCUCGCUGUGGCGUCCCAGAUCAUCCUCACACCAGCCGGCGGCAGAGGAACAAACGCUACGCGCUGACGGGACAGAAGUGGAGAGAUAAAAGGAUCUCGUACAGCAUAUCCAACUUCACCCCCAAAGUUGGAGAGAAGGACACCCAGAGAGCGAUUCGACAAGCCUUCAAUGUGUGGCAGGCCGUCACGCCGCUCUCCUUCCAGGAGGUGCCGUACUCGGAGAUCAAGAACGAGGGCAAAGAGGCUGACAUCAUGAUCUUCUUCGCCUCUGGUUUUCACGGUGACAGCUCCCCGUUCGACGGAGAGGGGGGCUUCCUGGCCCACGCUUACUUCCCCGGCGCCGGCAUCGGAGGAGACACGCACUUUGACUCCGAUGAGCCCUGGACGCUUGGCAACGCCAACCACGACGGUAACGAUUUGUUCCUGGUGGCGGUGCACGAGUUGGGGCACGCGUUGGGUUUGGAGCACUCCAACGAUCCCAGUGCCAUCAUGGCUCCUUUCUACCAGUACAUGGACACGCACAACUUCAAGCUGCCGCUGGACGACCUGCAGGGCAUUCAGAAGAUCUACGGCAUCCCCACAGCCAUGCUGGAACCCACCCGGCCCUUACCCACCUUACCCUCUCGACGGACGCAUUCGACCUCCGAGCGCAAGCACGACCGGCAUUCCCGUCCGCCGCACCCGCCCGGUAACCGGCCCGCACUGCCUGGAAACGGCAAACCCAACAUCUGCGAUGGCAACUUCAACACUGUGGCCUUCUUCAGACGGGAGAUGUUCGUGUUCAAGGACCGGUGGUUUUGGCGUCUCAGGAACAACAAGGUGCAGGAGGGCUACCCCAUGCAGAUCGAUCAGUUCUGGAAAGGCCUGCCACCUCGCAUCGACGCCGCCUACGAGAGGACUGACGGCAAAUUUGUCUUCUUCAAAGGUGAUAAAUACUGGGUGUUCAGGGAGGUGACGGCUGAGCCAGGGUACCCUCACAGCCUGGUUGAGCUGGGCAGCUCCCUCCCCAAGAGUGGCAUCGACACGGCGCUGCGCUGGGAGCCCGUCGGGAAAACGUACUUCUUCAAAGGGGACCAGUACUGGCGUUACAACGAGGAGAAGCACACCACCGACGCAGGAUACCCCAAACCCAUCACUGUGUGGAAGGGAAUACCGGACGCUCCGCAGGGGGCCUUCAUCAGCAGGGAGGGAUACUACACCUACUUCUACAAGGGGAAGGAGUACUGGAAAUUCGAUAACCAGAAGCUGACUGUGGAGCCUGGAUAUCCAAAGUCCAUCCUGCGUGACUGGAUGGGCUGCGACCAGUCCGACAUGGAGCGCUCCGGCAACAACGGUAACCCUGGGGAACGCCAGCUGCCCCCGGAUGAUGUCGGCAUCAUUGUGACCAUCAACGACGUCCCCCCGACAGUCAAUGCCAUCGCCGUGGUGAUCCCUUGCAUUCUGUCGCUGUGCAUCCUGGUGCUCGUGUACACGAUCUUUCAGUUUAAAAACAAAGGAGUGCAGCAAAACACCAUGACACAGCACUACUAUAAAUACCCUGUUCAGGAGUGGGUAUGACAGCCAACUUGAUUCAGAAUAGGUCAAAGGUCGUGGAUUGAAGGACGGUCGAGCUGUAGUCAUGCGUUAGCUAGCUAAUGUAGGCUAAUGGCCAAAAAUGCUAGCAAAGGACAAAACGCUAACAAUUGCUUAAAGAUGUAGGCUCACUCAAAAUGUGUUUUUGGGAGUGGAUUCAGAUUUCUGGCUCAGAGUGGGAGAGAUUUGUUUCUUAUAGCACAUCCAGAACGAUCUAAAAGACUUCAAAAUGCAUCUUUCUGGUUGUGCUUUCACUUAAAAUGGGAUCGUAUGAACUUUGAAACCUUCUUCUGGGACGUACAACACACCGCUCUCCUGCUCAGUGAAAAUUUAAAAAGAGUGGAGAAAGAAAGAUGCUCCUCUAAGCCAGAUGUCACCUCCAAGCUUGUUUUAACAACUUGUAUAUGUGAACUGCUACAAGUCAGAUGAAAUUUAAAGAAAAAAAGAGAAACAGUUUCAAAUAUCAAACUUGAAAAUAGAAUAUAGGUAGAAAGGCCAUAACAAAAAACCAAGGAUCUCUCCGUGGAUCACUGAUGUUUGUUUGAUUUGCGUUCAGCUGUUCUGAGAUGUUAAACUGUCAAAGAGGACCUUUUUCUCUCUUUUUUCAUCAUUCACAAAAACAUCACUAUUGUCUUGGUCCAUCUAAAAUCAAAAAGCAAAUGCACUGGUUUACACUGCCUGUUUACACUGGUUGGUUUCUGCAGGCGUAGAAUAGCAAGUCAUCGGCGUAUAGACGUGGAAAAGCUCUACAGCUUAGCAAAAUGCUAACACUAAACUUCUUAAACAUCCUCUCAGAUUUAAGGAGCUCUAUGAAUCUAUGAAACGCCUCAUGAGACAUUUUUUAAUGAUUGUAGAAAAUAUCAUUCAUGAAGCACCAUGAACCAGGAAAAAGGAUUCAUGCCCUCGCUGUGCUUUUUACUUGAAUCUUGUUUCCUUUCAUGGCAUGUAGCAGUGGUGCUAACCACAACAGAAAGUUCAGAGGUCCUUUAAAACCAUUUCUUUGACUUAACUUUUUUACCAGCAGGAGAUUUUCUUUCUGUCCCUUUUUAUAUGUUAUAAAAUAUAUCGGACUGUUGUUACUGGACACGAAGAGAAAAGCUACUCGUGUUUAUGCAGCUACAAACAUAUCACUGGGUAAAUUGUAAGGGUUUAUUUUUGAGGAAUGAACUUUAAAGUAACCUCGUGUCUGAUUGGCUCUUCCUCCUCUGAACAUACAUGUGAUUAAUAAUGAUUUCAGAGCUUCUCUUAAAUGUUACAUAAUAGUCAGUAUUUAUUCUCACCUUUGACUUUGUGUUUUACUACAGCACGCACAUCAAACUUAUUUUAGUUGUGACCCAAUCAGAGUGAAAAUAAGACGGCAGCCUCUUUGUAACUAGAAAAAAUUUGUGAAUGUUUACCGGUGUGGUGACCGAUUACUUACGACUGCACGGGUCACCUGGUGAGGGAUACUUAGGCUACGUUCACACUGCAGGUCUUAAU